ACUUCCAUUCCUCACAACAGUCUAGUGGGUCAACUUCAUCGUCAGCGACGAGGUGAACGCUUGCACGCGACGUCCGAUCAGAUCUACAGCUCUCAGAAGUCUGCUCCAAAAGCACUUGAAUAAGGAUGGCAGGGCGCAAGAUGCCAUCCGCGGGAUCCCUCCUGGUGGGGAUUCUCGUGGGAUUGCUUGUCGCUACUCUUGUGAGACGUGGAGGAUCUGACGGGGAAAACUGGCAGGGCUCUGGUGCUCGAAAUCUGCGUUCUCACGCCGCUCUUGGGGGCUCAUCACGUCUUCAGCGAUCCCAAAUCACGCUUCCCUCCCUCUCACAGCGACUCCGUAUUCUUCAGCUUAUGGGCACACUCUCUCCGCAUCACACCAAAGAGUGCACGCGAUCCCCACAGAGUAUUUAUGCAGAGCAAGUGCAUGAUAGAUACGCGCCACUGGUAGGACAUAAAAGAUCCUGGGCGACAUCUGGCUCAUUCCUCGCGCGUAUGCUCGGUGGAGGCAAGGACGUCAAUCAGCUCAAUGCGAACGGCGUGGGAGGCAGUCAAAACUCUCGUAUAAAACGAGAUCUCGCCGCUCAAAAUCACAAGUAUUUUUUCGCCAUCAAUCUUUACAAUUCUUUCGACGUCAUUCCAGACAUCUUCGCCACGCUGUUCAGAACAGCUGCCGUGUUGGGCUACCACAAUGUCUUUGUAUCGAUUUACGAAAACGGAUCGAGUGAUCAGACCAAAUCUCUGCUGAAGAUCUUCGAUGCCUUGGCUCGAGCCGUUGGAUUGCGGAUCGACAUUCGAACAAGUAUGCGAACGAGAGGAGCCUUCAAUCACCGUAUCGAAUACCUGGCAGAAGUCCGAAAUGCCGCCAUGGUCCCCCUCCACGAGCUCCGAGACAAUGGGAACGAGGUCUUUGACUCGAUCGUUUUCAUGAACGAUAUUCUGCCAUGUGUCGAUGACCUGUUGGAGUUGAUCUGGCAGAGCAGGAAACAGAAUGCGGGUAUCACCUGUGCUGCAGAUUAUAUGUAUCAUGAUGACAUUGGUGCACCGGUGUUCUAUGACAACUGGGUUGCCCGUGAUAUCAACGGGACCGCCUUGGAGAAUGCGCCUUUUGAACAGGUCUUCCACCAUACCGAGUCCAACCAUCGUUUCCAAAGGCAUCUUCCUGUUCAAGUGCAAUCUUGCUGGAACGGUAUUGCCGUUCUUGAUCCCGCACCAUUUUACGCACCUCCAAACGUCAAGUUCCGGAUGGCGAGGCUGCCGGAUGGCGAGUGCUCCGCCAGUGAAUGUUCUUUGAUCUGCAAUGACUACUGGAAUGCGGGUUAUGGGCGAAUCAUCAUGGUACCGCGAGUCAAGCUUGCAUACGAUAAGAAAGUCUACGACAUCAUUCACCCUGAUCGACGCAAUCUUACCGCCAUCAGAGGAUACAAGCGACUUGGAGGACUCCCAGACGACCCCCAUACGGAUCCUCAGGACAGGAGUUGGUACGGUCCUCACGACAGGCUUUUCACCAAGGAGGAGGAAGAGGAGAUGACUUUCAGGACUGGACCGGAGUCUGUGUGGUGUUGGGGAUGGGACGGAGCUGGGGAUCUUGAUGGUCCUGAUGUUGACCCAAUCUGGGAGAAGAUGCAGCCCAAGUCGUACUCGCCGGAGGCCAUCACCAUCAAGCAUGACAGAGGCAUGUAGCGGUUGCUUUAGAUUUCUUCUUGGGGAGCCACGCAGCAUACCUGUCAUGUCGUGCGAUGGUGGUGGACAUUCUUCUCAAUGCAUGGUUAUACA